CUCCUGCUGCUGUUCACUCACUCACUCAGUCACGAAAGGUGUGUCACCGGCAUGACGUCACGCCCAUACCUGAGUUUCGGUGAGGGAAAAAAGGGGGAAGGACCGAGCCGAGUGGAAAACAUCCGCGCCUGUUCUCGAUCCGCAGGAGACGGUACGCGGAUUAGCGGAGGUGAGACUGCGGGCGUCUUCGUUCCCGAAGGUCGAUUCUCAGGCCGAGAAGAAAACACCUCGUCCACUUCCUGGUUCGCCACAGUCAGGAUGUCGGUCACUCCUCGACGUGUCCGCUUGAAGCCCUGGUUGGUGGCGCAGGUGGACAGCGGGCGCUACCCGGGCCUGGUGUGGCUAAACCGCGACGCCAUGCGCUUCCGGAUCCCGUGGAAACACGCGACGCGGCACACGCCGCAGCACGAGGACGAGGACACGAUAUUUAAGGCGUGGGCCGUGGAGACGGGGAAAUUCCAGGAGGGAGUCGACGAACCUGAUCCUGCAAAGUGGAAGGCCCAGCUCCGGUGUGCGCUGAACAAGAGCCGGGAAUUCAACCUCGUCUACGACGGCACCAAGGAGGUCCCCAUGAAUCCUCUGAAGAUCUACGACGUCUGCGACAUCCCGCAGCCGCUCAGUAACCAAGCCUCUUCAGACGCCGGCUCUUGGACUCCACAUGAAGAGAACGGUGGUGAGGAAGACGCUCCAGAUACACCAGAGUCCCUUCCUCCGUACCAAUCCAAUGGUCCCAGUCCAUCUCCUCUCAUCAUGUGGUCUCCGAUGAGCUCGGACUCGCCCAUGCAGCCGCCAAGUUGUUCCUCUUCCAACGAGGCGUGGCCCAAAGAAGAGCCCGGUAAAAUCUGGCCUAAAGAGGAGCCAGUGGAUGUGGAGAUGCAGCCCACACCCAUGGCGGACAUGCCCCCCGCUCCUCUAGCUGACCCCAUCCUGCAGCCCUCUCCUCUGACCGAUGCCUUGUUUGCCUCGCCGGAAACAUGGAUCAGUUCUCUCCCGAUGACAGACCUGGAGGUGCAGUUUCAGUACCGGGGAAAGGAAAUGUGUCCCACGAUGACCAUCAGUAACCCCCAGGGCUGCAGGCUGUUCUACGGGGACCUGGGCCCCAUGGUCAACCAGGAGGAGCUGUUCGGGCCGGUGAACCUGGAGCAGCUCCGCUUUCCCACCACGGAGCACAUCGCCAACGACAAGCAGAGGAUCUUCACGAACCGCCUGCUGGAUGUGAUGGACAGGGGUUUAAUCCUGGAGGUCAGCGGCCACGACAUCUACGCCAUCCGCCUCUGCCAGUGCAAGGUGUACUGGUCCGGCCCCUGCGCUCCAAACCCGGCCGCGCCGAAUCUUAUAGAGCGACAGAAGAGGGUGAAGCUCUUCUGUCUGGAGUCUUUUCUCAGCAGUGUGAUAGCACAACAGCGGGGUCAGAUGCCGAACCCCCCUCAGUUUGAAAUCAACCUGUGUUUCGGAGAGGAGUGGCCUGAUGGAAGACCCCGAGAGAGGAAACUUAUCAUGGUCCAGGUGAUCCCAGUGGUUGCCCGCAUGAUAAGCGAGAUGUUCUCCGGCGACAACACGCGAUCCUUUGACAGCGGCAGCGUUCGCCUGCAGAUUUCAGUCCCCGACAUCAAAGACAACAUAGUGACCCACCUCAAGCAGCUGUACUGCCUGCUGCAGACCCACCAGGGGCAGGACGGCUGGGCGCUGCCCCCGGGGUCAGGUCUGAACAUCACUCAGGCUCUGCAGGCUCAGUGAAACCAUCCACACACACAAAGAAGUACUUAUCGUGAUGGUAUUAAGACGUGUGCGCGGUGUAGUGUAGGAUGCUUUUCCUCUGAUACGACAGUGCUGUACAUAGAGGCCCCGCUGUAGUCUUGCAUUAUUUGUGCAGGAAACCUCCCGCGGGCCAAAGUCCUCGUCGCUCGCUGCAAGGGAAUAUUUAACGUAGUUAAUGAGUUACAGAAAUUGCCUUGUGUGCUCUAUUUAUCCAAAAAAAAAACAGGUCAGUGAUUACUAAACUGUCGUUCAGGAAAAUUGGGCAAAAUGCCUUUAUAUUUUUUGAUCUUCCCAAAGCUUAAGAAGUGACACAUCUGUUAAGGGGUUUGUUUGUUUGUAUGAUUUAAGAGAAAAGUUUCCUUGCUGUUUCAUGUUAGGCUUUCAAAGAUUUUUAACAUUACUGUAGGGGAGGGGGGAGAAAGUCUUCCCUGCAGUUUUGUCUCAAGUCAUUUUAUUUUUUUUUCAUUUAUAUUGUAGCAUAUUACGUUUUCAUAUCUUUGAUUUUUAAGCCUACUUCAUGUACGCUAACCCGGCAGCCAUUUAACUAAAUCACAUUCAGCUACAGGGAUCUGUUUCAGUAAGGACGCCACUGCACUUUGGGGGGGAGCUGUUGUUUUAUGUUUAGUUGAAUGAAUGUAAGGGCAUUUAUCAUGUGAUUGUAUCUUUAUUUUAUCAAUAAAAUUGCCAAAAUAA